AAAAUGGUGGACGAUUUUUGAUCGAAGAGCAGCGUCAGUAAGCCGUGCCGCCGAAGGUCGUAUUCCUCUGUCUGGACCGAACGCAGGGCCCGGCCCAUCGCAUGCGCUGACUCGAAAACCGUUGGGCCUCAGCGUCGUCGGCUUUACCCUAACGGCAGCAACGGCCUCGCCAGCGAAUUCCACCGCGGAAGGAAGAGACCUCAACCGAACAUGGCUGCUAUCCGGAAAAAGCUAGUGAUAGUCGGCGACGGCGCUUGCGGUAAAACUUGCCUGCUCAUCGUCUUCAGCAAGGACCAAUUCCCGGAGGUUUACGUGCCGACGGUGUUCGAGAAUUAUGUCGCCGACAUUGAGGUGGACGGCAAGCAGGUGGAGCUGGCGCUGUGGGACACUGCGGGUCAGGAGGACUACGACCGGCUGCGCCCGCUGUCGUACCCGGACACAGACGUGAUCCUGAUGUGCUUCAGCAUCGACUCGCCCGACUCCCUGGAGAACAUCCUGGAGAAGUGGCACCCCGAGGUGAAGCACUUCUGCCCCAGCGUCCCCAUAGUCCUGGUCGCCAACAAGAAGGACCUGCGCUCGGACGUCGCCACUGUCAAGGAGCUGGCGAAGAUGAAGCAGGAGCCUGUGAAGAGCGACGAGGGUCGAGCCAUGGCCGACAAGAUCAGCGCCUUUGGCUACCUCGAAUGCUCGGCUAAGACUAAGGAGGGCGUGCGGGAGGUGUUUGAAAUGGCCACCAGGGCGGCGCUCCAGGUCAAGAAGCGGAAGAAGAAGAGGUGCUGUCUCAUGUAACCACCCCCUCUCUCUUCCCUUCUUUCACCCCCCCCCCCCUCUUAUCCCCCUUUCCCCUAGGCAAACAAACAAAAACUCUUUUCCCAUUCUUUUGUCGUCUUUUAGACCCGGCCUUUUUUUUUUCUCUCCCAUUCUCGGCGUGGAAACCUUGGAUCUUUUUUGCCACCCGCUUUCGCAGUGUCAUUGCGGAAGAGUUUGGCCCUCUUUUUCUCUUUUUAUUUCUUUGUUCCCAAGUUGCUUUGAGUUUGGGUUUCCCGCCGUUUUGGAAUAGAAAAGUGAAAAAAAAGAAACGAAAAACGUGGAUGGAUUUUUCCCAAGUUGAUCUUUGGAGCGGCUCUCUGCUUUGGUCGACCUCUCGACGAGUUGCGGUCGUUGGCGGAUCUUCGAGGUCUUCGUCGUAACCCGAAGGGUGGGAAAGAAUGGGGUUUGGGUGGACCUGCUUAAAGUACUCAAGUUGGCGUUGAUGGGUGUAUAUCACUUUUUCUUUUCUUAAUUUCCUCUUUUUUUUUUUCUUCUGUUGUUCGUUUUAGGAGUUUGUUGUCGCUACUUCGGACGACUCACUCGAAACCGACGGUCCCAACUUUUGGCAGUUAGGCGCACGGGGCUUAGCUAUGCUUUCUUAAGCUUGGGCUCCACAUAGGAACAAAAUAAUAAUUAAAGGGAAGAAUGAAAAAAAAAAAAAAAAAGCAGUGUUGUGGUAACAAUUGGCGUGACACACGUCAUUUUUUGUAUCAUAACUCGUGCCUUUUUCACUGCGUCUCCCCCGUGCUGUGUUCGAGCGUCAAAGGCCCCAUAUUUUGCGCCCAAAUCAGCUGGAGUCUUUGAAGCUUGCGCCCCCCAAACACUUGUUCAUUUUUUUUUUCUUUGCGUUUAACGUUCGCGGUUUGCGCGAUAUACUUCCGUUUGCAUGUAAUGUGAUCUUUGAACUAGCAAUGUCUGUAACUGCAACAACCACCACUUGUGAAAGAGAAAAAAAAAGAUGUUAUGUACAUGAAAAGAUGCAUAUUGAGAGGACGCUUCAUUUCGCAUUCUCCUGUGUAACGGCUGUGUAGUUUUCUUUGUGCUAAGUUGUUUUUUUUCCUUUUGUCGAAUAAAGCGUUGUGUAUGAUCUCUUUGGUUGAUAAUAAAUGUUGUCUUAAGCAUGGCCUGUA